GAAAGUUCGUCAGAAGAAAUAUAUAUUUCGUGAUAAAUAUAAAAUGCAAUGAAAUAUAUUACGAUUGAUAGUGUCGGAAUAUUAAAUGUCGCUUUUGUAUUUUAUCUUAUUUCAAUAUAUUCCUAAGCGUUCAUUGUAUUUUGAGAUUAUGAGUUACGAUUUUAACCUUUAAUGACGGACAUACAACUAUAGUUGUAGGUAAUACAAGAAAUAUCAAAAUGCAGACGAUAAAAUGCGUUGUGGUUGGAGAUGGAGCUGUGGGUAAAACUUGUCUUUUGAUUUCAUAUACAACCAAUAAGUUUCCAUCCGAAUAUGUACCUACAGUUUUUGACAAUUACGCAGUAACAGUAAUGAUCGGUGGAGAUCCAUAUACAUUAGGAUUAUUCGAUACUGCUGGUCAGGAGGAUUACGAUAGACUUAGACCGUUAAGUUAUCCCCAAACAGAUGUAUUUCUUGUUUGUUUUUCAGUUGUCUCACCAUCAUCUUUUGAAAAUGUUAAAGAAAAGUGGGUACCCGAAAUAACACAUCAUUGUCCAAGAACGCCGUUUUUGUUGGUUGGUACUCAAAUCGAUUUGAGAGAUGAUGUUGCUACUAUCGAAAAAUUGGCAAAAAAUAAGCAAAAACCAAUAUCCGCGGAGCAAGGGGAAAAGCUUGCCAAAGAAUUAAAAGCAGUGAAAUACGUAGAAUGUAGUGCUCUUACACAGUUUUAAAAAUUUCAGAAAGGUUUGAAAAAUGUGUUUGAUGAAGCUAUUUUAGCCGCUUUAGAACCUCCAGAACCAGUAAAGAAGAGAAAAUGUACGCUCUUGUAAGAGAGAAACAUCAAUAGAAAUGGAUUGAUAAUCAGAAAGAAAACGAAGUUACAUGUAAUAACGAGGAGCGGCAAAUUUCAUGCAUAGUAUAAAGCAAUUUGUUAGAAAUUCGAAAACUGUGCGUAAUACCGUUCCUUUCCGAAAAAGAUAUUAAAAUCGAUUAAUAGCCGCUAAUAUAAUGUAACGCGACAAUUUGAAACGAACUUUUAAUUAUCAUAUUAUAAUAUCGUAUCGAUCACAUUCCAUACAACGUGAAAUUUCGAUUAAAAGUUUUUUCUGACUCGAUGAAAUUUUUUAAUUUUAUAAUAUCAAGUAUACUUCGUAAUAAAUAUUUUCCAACUAGCUUUGAGAAAGAUAUUAAGAUAUUAAUUUUACC